AAUGUGGAUGGGUCGGUGGGAGAACUGAGAGAGAGGACGGAAGAGAAGAGAAGAGAGAAGGGAAACAUUCCCCCUUGUCCACAUUAAAGACAUAAAAAAGAAAACAAACAGAAAAACAUGCCUGACAUGAAGAGGCUGGUUUCCGCGGCGACAGCACAAUGGCUGCCUGUGGCUCUUGGGGGCCUCGCCGGCAGUCAGGGACCUGGCACCAGUGAAAGUCACCGCAGCCACAUGAAGAAGAGGAGGAGAGAUGAAGACAUCUCAUAAUGACUAUAGUUCUCCAGACUCUGAUGACAUGGACGGGCUGAUCGAUGUUGGACAGGAAGACGGCUCCUGUCCAGUCACUGGGUCCAUGUCCCCAGGUAGCAGGUCCCAGAUUCUGGCCCGGAAGAAGAGAAGAGGGAUUAUAGAGAAGAGGCGCAGAGACAGGAUUAACCACAGUCUAUCAGAGCUUCGGAGACUGGUGCCCAGCGCCUUGGAGAAACAGGGCUCCUCUAAGCUGGAGAAAACAGAGAUUCUGCAGAUGACGGUGGACCACCUUAAGCUGCUGCAUGCCAUGGGGGGCAAAGGGUACCUUGAUGCACGGGUCCUGGCUGUGGACUAUAGGACCCUGGGAUUCAGACAGUGUGUAGGAGAGGUGGUUCGGUACCUGGGCUCUUUAGAAGGAGGGGUGGACUCCCCGGACCCUAUCGGAGCCCGCCUGGUCUCCCACCUCUCCCACUGCUCCAGCCAGCUGGACCCCCUUCUCCUCCAGUCGCCCCCCACCUCCUCCUCCCUCCCUUUUCCUCCCUGGCCGUGGAUCUCCUCCUAUCACCAGAUGUCACCUGUCUCGUCUCCCACCUCUCCAUCUUUCUCCGCGAGGCGGAGGGAGCUGACACGCCUGGGGCGUGGGUGUUAUCCAUCCCGCUCAGCCGACACCCUGUGUCUCGCCCCCCUGGGGUGCCAACAGGGGUCCAUGCUCGCCCCUGCCUUGGUGUCUGGGCUUCGCAGGGUGCCCUCACCGCCCCCCACUCACAGACUCACUCAGCAGUCCCCUGGAGCCUCAGUCCUCCUCACCUCCUCUUCCUCCUCCGUUCCCAGUGCUCCUCCACAAGUCAGACCCUUUGUCCCUCUGGGGUCUCCCGCGGGUCAGGGCAGGGCCAAAGCUGCAAAGACCUGGGGGACUGAGAUAGGAGCCUUCUGAUCCAGAACCUGUCAACAAGAUGCACCGUGUAAAGUUUGCUCUUAACCACAGAUCUGGGAUCAGAUUACCCUUAACCCAGUGAAGGCUGCCGAGGGGAGGACGGCUCAUAAUAAUAUCUGGAACGGAGCAAAUGGAACAGAAUUAAACACAUGGAAACCAUAUCUCGCUCUCUGCCUCUCUCUGUCUCUCUCUCUCUCUCUCUCUCUCUCUCUCUCUCUCUGUCUCUCGCUCUCUGUCUCUCUCUCUCUCUCGCUCUCUGCCUCUCUCUCUCUCUCUCUCUCUCUCGCUCUCUCUUUCUCGCUCUCUCUCUCUGUCUGUCUCUCUCUCUCUCUCCCCCUCUCUCCCCCUCUCUGUCUCUCUCUCUCUCUCUCUGUCUCUCUCUCUCUCUCUCUCUGUCUCUCUCUCUCUGUCUCUCUCUCUGUCUCUCUCUCUCUGUCUCUCUCUCUCUCUCUGUCUGUCUCUCUUUCUCUCUCUGUCUCUCUCUCUCUCUAGAGGGAGACACGGCUCUUCUCAGACUGUUGCUGUGAACUGAACUGUAUUUUGUGCUGUGAUGUUUUGAUUUGUAUAUUUUAAAUAAUUUACAUACAUUUUAUUACCCUGAUUGAUUCUGUUUUCAUUCAAAUGGAAUGGCUGAUAAAAAUUGUAUCUAAAUAAAGUGUCAGAUAUUCA